UCCGACGCGGCGAUUCACCAGGCACCCAUCCGUCACGCAAUGUCCCCGUCGUCCCAGGCUCAGCUGGACGCAACAGCUGUAGAAAAUUUUCGCGAGUACCUGCGUAUACCGUCCGUCCAGCCGGACAUCGACUACAAUGACUGUGUCAACUUCCUGCGCAAACAAGCCAAGUCCCUUGACUUGCCCGUUAAAGUCUACUAUGCCCACCCAAACAAACCAAUUGUGGUUCUCACAUGGGUAGGCACGAAUCCAAUGGAAACAUCGAUUCUUCUGAACAGUCAUAUGGAUGUUGUGCCUGUCUUUGAAGAGAAAUGGACGUAUCCGCCGUUCAGCGCUCACAUGGACGAGCAAGGGAACAUUUAUGCCCGUGGCAGUCAGGACAUGAAAUGCGUCGGAAUACAGUACCUGGAAGCGAUACGUCGAAUGAAACUGGCUGGACAACAGUUGAAGAGAACGAUCCACGUUUCGUUCGUGCCUGACGAAGAGAUCGGUGGGGUUCUUGGCAUGAAAGAUUUCGUGCACACCAAGGACUUCCAGGAUCUGAAUGUUGGUUUCGCGCUGGACGAAGGUGUAGCCUCACCUGAGGAAUGUUUCUACAUGUUCUACGGCGAGAGAUCCAUCUGGCAUGUAGAAAUCGAGUGUAAUGGCACUCCUGGACAUGGAUCCCUUCUGUUGGACAACACGGCUGGCGAAAAGAUCAGAGUGAUAAUUGACCGUUUCAUGGACUUGAGAACGAAAGAAAAAAAAAAGAUGGCAAAUCCUAAACUCCUUCCUGGUGAUGUUACAUCUAUUAACUUAACGCAGUUGAAGGGUGGCAUACAAACGAACGUUGUACCAACCACGUUGUCUGCUGUCUUCGACAUUCGUCUGGAUCCUUCUGUUGAUCACGAUGAGUUCGAAGCGAUGAUCAAGACAUGGUGUCAGGAAGCUGGUGAAAAUGUUACGUACUCGUUUGAACAAAAGAAUCCGAAAAUCGAGAACACGAAGCUAGAUGACAGUAAUCCUUAUUGGGUUGCUUUUAAGAAGACCUGCGACGAUUUGGGAAUAACUUUGCAGAUUGGAAUCUUCCCCGGUGGAACAGACAGUCGCUAUGUGCGAGAAGUCGGAAUUCCAGCGAUUGGUUUUUCACCCAUGAACAAAACGAAAAUUCUCCUCCACGAUCACGACGAGUAUUUGAACAAAGAUACCUACUUGAAAGGCAUUGAAAUAUACAUGAACAUAAUACCAGCGGUGGCCGACGUUUAAACGGCCAAUGAACUGAAUGAAAAUACGUCCACAGUGUCUUGAACGAACCAAAGCUAUAAGAUAAAAAGCGAUAAAAGCAUCAACAGUAGAUAAAGAGCAAAGGGGAAAGGUUGAAUGAGAAACAACAUAUUAAUAUAUGUCGUUAAAAUAUUAAUAUCUGAAGCUGAAAUAUUCCAGAUAGAGUUUUAAGAACGUUGUAGAAAGUUCAGAGUUUAUAAUCGUUAAAUAUACAAUUUAAUUGCUUGUUACAAGAAGAUGGAAACCUACAAUCGUAUAUUAAGUAACAGGCGAAUUGGGUAACAGUAAGUUGAAAGAAAAAAAAAGAUUGUCCACUAAAUAACGAAAACAUUGAUGGGACCGUUUGAACAAAUUCAGAGAAGGUAUAUCAAGAAAAUAGUAUUUAUCGAAUAUUUUUUGCGACUCUUUUAAGUCGAGGUGUUUUAAUUGUACAAAAAGAAGCUGGUUGAGAUUCAAUUUUCUAAGUCAAAAACAACACACUUUAGUAAUAGAGACUCAAGUGCCAUGCUAAAUCAACGAAUUAUUGUAAAAAUUUUAUACACUUGUUUAUAUGUAAUUGUUUCAUUCUUUUUUAAAUCAUAUAUAUUUUAUGGAAACUGCCACAACGGUGAGUGAUCCGUGGUAAUUAUAUAUAUUUUUAUUCAGAGUUCAAACAAAUAUAAUGGAAGGAUGUAGA